AUGGCGGCUCAUCAAAAAUCAAACCAAUGGAUGUUGCCUCUCUUGAUGUGGGGUAGCAGCCUCAUUGCCGCCGAAUCGUCUUCGUCGUCGUCUUCCAACACUCCGACAAUCCCACUACCGCUUCAUCUACAAGAAGGUUUCCGCUCUGAGAUUACCCUGCGUGGUGCGGUAUUGCACUCAUCUCCCUUUGCCAUUGUGGAGCAAGACAACACCACGGGAGAGCUGGCGGCGCGAGGUUUGCAGAUCGACCUGCUGGAACGGUUAGCCAUCUUUGCACAGCAAGAUGGUGUGAAACUCCAAUUUGACCUCGAGCCGUGGGAAUACUCACCGGAGCACACGUACCAGACAGCUGUGGACCUGGUUGCCAACGAUUGCGAAGCUCGAUUACAAGAACGGGGCAACGUCACGAGCCAAUACGGGUGCGAUUCGUUCGAUCUCAUCAUUGCGGACCUGUGGCGCACAUCUGACAGGUAUAUGCGGGUAGACAUGACGCCGCCCUUUCUCAGCAACGCCAUUGGGGCCAUGAAGUACGUGGGGGAUCAGGACGAUCAUCAUUACUCAGAUGAUGACGAGGAUAUCCAAAAGAAGGAAGAAGAUCCCAAGGAGAAGAUCAUCACCACCCUGACGGAAGCUGCUCAGGCUCGGGCGACAGUUUGUGUUCUCAAGGAUACACACAGCAGUCAUGUCGUCAUUGACAGCUUUCGUGGUGCCCUGUACCUGCAGUGCAGUGAUGAUCAAGAAUGCCUGGAUCACUUACGGUAUGGGCGCUGCGUCCUCUUUGCCAGAGAUGAACUCUUCCUCAAAGCCAAGGAGUUUGAGGACCCCAGAUUUGUUACCACCCGCGAGCGUUUCUACACGACCUAUGUCGUUUGGCCCAUGCGCUAUGAUCUGGACCCCGCCGUCUCGUACAUGCUCAAGAGAUGGGUUACACAGGCUGUGGAGAACGCUACCAUGGAGGAGCUCUAUCACAAGUACUUUGAAAAGAAGCUGUGUCCCAUUGGCAAAGCAGGGGACAACUGCGAUGACCCGUGUGAUCCUGACCACGGGACAUCGGACUACAGGACGGGACGCUGUAUCUGUGAUUCUACCAAGUGGACGGGAGAGGACUGCAGUAUCGAAGUACUGGAAGAUCUCAACUUGCUGUCGCCGUCGCUCAAAUGGAUUGCCUACACGCUCUUUACCAUCAAUGUCGCUGUCAUUCUCUGCUGUGGGGCAUGGCUCAUACGGUACCGACAAAGCGAUCAAGUCCGAGCUUCGCAGCCGUUCUUCUUAGCCUUGGUUCUGCUCGGAUGUCUCAUCUCUUCCAGCACCAUAAUAGCAUUGGCGCAAGAAGGGGAUGAUGCGGCUUGCCAAGCGGUUCCAUGGCUCUAUUCGGUCGGCUUUUGUUGUACCUUUGGGGUAUUGUUCGCCAAGAUCCGCCGCGUGUAUCAAUGUUUUCGGCAUGCGGGGGCAUUGCCAACCCCCGCCCAAAAGCCAACGGCUUCGACGACGACAACCGGAACGGUCAAGAGUAGCUUUGGCAGUAACUUUGGCUCUGGUAGCCUUCGGAACAGCAUGACUAGUAGCGGCAGCGCCGCGGUGCUGGUUAGUUUCCAGGAAACACUGUUGGUGAUUGGUGUGAUCACAUUGGUAGAUGUGGCCAUUCUAGUUGCUUGGAAUGUGUUUGCCCCGCUGGAAUGGACACGAACCGUGCUGCGAGCGGACAUCUUUGGAGAACCGUUGGCGUCGCAAGGCAUGUGCACUGGCGAUGGUUGGCAGGUGUUUGCGAGUCUCAUUGGAUGUCUACACCUGUUCUUGCUGGCUCUGGGGUGUGUGCUUUGCUACAAGGCUCGACAAAUACCAACCAUGUUCCAAGAAGGCAAAUACGUCAGUAUCGCUAUGGUCAGCAACCUGCAAAUCUUUGUCGUCGGAGUGCCGGUUCUGAUCAUUGUGGGAAGCGAGACUCAAGCUUCGUUCUUUGUCAGAAGCGCAAUAAUUUGGUGUAACGACCUUGCAAUUGUGGGCAUCAUCUUUGGUAAUCUGAUGUUCAACACUCACAAGGCGGCUAGGAUGAGUUCAUCUUCAAUGCAAUUGGAGAUCAACAAAGCUGUGCAUCGAUACUCGCAGCAAUCUGGGACAGCUGUGAAAGGAAUACUCGUAAGAACCAGCUUGAAAUCCACAUUCAGCAACGCUCCAGUUGCAGCCAACAUGUUGGCGCAGGUCCAAGACGAAGAUGCGCAUGACGAGGAGGAGGACCUAGAAGUGGCGGACCUUCCCAUUCGCAAAUCUAACAAUCGUCCUUGCCGGAACAUCAUAUCCUCCUUGUCCCUGGGAUCGGAACACUUGGAUCGGAGCAGCAGUUUUGAAACAUCAACGUCAGGCAUUCAGAAACGUUUUGUCCGCAAGAGGGAGCUAAUCUCAUCUUUAUCUUGUGGGUCCGCGGCAUCAGGAACAAAGCAUAGGGACAGCAAUAGAAGCGUUACCUUCGGCAUGGCGUACUAUUCGGAAGGAAAUGAAGAUGGGAGCGAACUUGCGGUUCCAAUCGAAGCAGGCCCAAGAGGACGAAACUUAAGCUCGGAUUCAACAGCUCGCUUCAGCAGCGAUUCUAUUGGCGGGGCACCCCCCAAACCACCGAAACGCCCUCCAAUUGCAUCCAUGCAUCGUUUGGAGGGGGUCGACGAGACGCACAGCACGGAAUCAACGAUGACUUGCGACGACGAAGAAACCGAGACGGAACCUCCGCGCAACAUUCAUGCGCCUCCGUUAAGGCCAAUCAGGUUUGUCUCGUCCUCUGAAUCUGGUCGCGAUGCCCAGUCUGAAGGAUUCCGAACAGCACACGACUGCUCAUAUCCAUCAUCACCAUGGGGAUCAAAUGCAACUGGACCUCCCCAACGACCCAACAGGUUGGCUUCCCAAGUAGAGUCGAUCGAUGACGAGCAAAUAGAAGCCUCGGCGUCAGAUUCAAUCACCAACAAGCCACCGUCCCCACAAUCAUCAGUCAAUGGGCCACCCAAACGUCCUGACAGGGUUGACUCGUCUGUAGAGCUCUCAGAAGCCGAGGAUGAUGACGAAUCCAGCGUAAAUCCCUUCUUCGAUUCGACACCUCUCCCAUCUCCAGAGUAUUCCAACAGCGAACUACCUCCCCAUCUUCCAGUCAGACGCGACUCCCGCGCAUCAGGCACUGCCGAUGACGGGCAUCACGAGAAGAAGUAG